AUGCUUGCGAUAACAGUCGCGGACGUCCCUUGCGGCCAAGGAAGAAUUGGCACACGCACGGCGAGACUGGUCGGCGGACAAAACGCGAUACCGCACGAGUUUCCUUGGAUGGUGAGCAUCAGUAGAAAAGGAGGACACUUCUGCGGCGGUACACUUCUUAAUUCAAGAUUCGUCCUGACUGCAGCGCAUUGCUUGUGUUCAGGCGCAUCCGUGAUUCCCACCGGUCAACUGAGGGUCAGCCUGGGCGAGUACAAUUUAAAGGGGCCGGAAGUGCCGGCGUCGAGAGAAGAGAGGGUGGCUCGCGCCAUUUUACACCCAGGCCACAAAUGCGGAAGAUACGUGGACGAUAUUGCACUUCUGGAGUUCGCAAGGCCGAUCGCUUGGUCGGAGAGCGUGAAACCCGCCUGUUUACCUGUGGCCACAGGGAAACCAGGGUACAGUGCCUUCGGCGGAGAGCUCGCUAAGGCAGCCGGAUGGGGUUGGUUCGGCGAAGACAGGUCCAAAUAUAAACGAGCGGACGUGUUGCAAAAAGUGGAGGUUCGCGUGAUCGAGAACAGCGUGUGUCGCGAGUGGUACGCCAGUCAAGGCAAGUCGACUCGCGUCGAGUCGAAGCAAAUGUGCGCCGGCCACGAAGAAGGUGGCCGCGACUCUUGCUGGGGCGAUAGUGGCGGACCUCUGAUGAUCGGAAGUCAUCCUAGCGAUAAUGUAAUGGUCGUGGGAGUAGUUUCAUCAGGAGUGGGAUGCGCUCGACCACGACUUCCUGGUGUGUACACUCGAGUCUCGGAGUACAUACCGUGGAUCACGCAACAUGUGCUCUCAGUACGAUGA